AGGUGGAGUAGUGCGAGCAACAACUACUGACAGAUAUCAGCUGUUCCAGUAAAUAAGGAACCGCAUUUAGGAAUGGAUGUUGUUGAAAAUAUUAUAGAAAAUGGAACAAAUAGCGUCGAAAGUCUCGACGAAGAAACAAAUACAGAUGAAGAUUCGACACAAAUAUCAGAGGGUGAUGAGAAUUGGUAUUAUAUGCCAGAUUCUAUACUUCUCAGUAUUUUUCAAUACCUAACACCAAGAGAACUAGUAACAGCAGGAGAAGUAUGUAGAUCAUGGAACAAAGUAUCGCAAGAUGAAUUUCUUUGGAGAGAUUUAUUCUAUCAAACUUAUAAAAUAGAUUCAAAUAUUGGUAUUAUGCCAGGAAAAACUUCCUGGUUUGAAGAAUUUAAGCGUUUAGCAUAUCAUACUCCCUUAAUAGAAACUGAAGUUCUAAAUCAUCAUUCACAUCAAGUAUUGCAUGUUAGUUUUUCGCACAAUGGCAAAAUGUUUGCAACAUGUUCAAAAGAUGGAUACAUCCUUGUAUGGAAAAGUCAACAUCCAGUUAAUAUUAUAUAUCUUAAUGAUAUGAAAACAUUUAGCUGGAAAUAUACUCAGUUUUCACAGUUCAAUUCUACUGAUACUUUGCUUCUUGUCUCUGGUGUACAUUUUGGUACACCACAUAGUACAUCAGGAGAAAUAGCUGUCUUCAGAGUAGCACCUGGCUUUCAACUUCAAUGUAGAGUAGCGAAUAAACCGUAUGAUAUAUUUGGUACUUGGUAUAGUGAACAUUACCUUUUAAGUGGAAAUUUAUAUUGGCUGGCACACUUGGUUAGUACUAGUGUACUCUGGCUAAAUAAGGCUAAUCAAGAAUCAGCAAGUGAGCAUGUGCCCAUCAUGACACAACUGUUUAGGUUUUAUAAUGGAAAUGCUUCUUCAAUAAGAGCAAUUAUGAUUGCAAAUUGCUUAGCUCCCGCAAUCGAUUCUGAAAGUUCACAAGAUCAACCUUCAUCGUCAAAUAAUAAAGAAGAUAAUGCUCAGAAUCAUAUAGCAACAUCUUCAACUAAUAAUUCACCACAAGAAGAACCAGUUGUACUUCAUCAUGUCUCAUCUAGAUUACAGUACAGUACAAUAGAAGGACGUUUUAUGAAUUGGAUAAAACUUGGUGACGGUUUUGAAUAUGCCAGUCCCAUACAAUAUAAUAAAGAAUAUAGACAAGUUGAAAAAGAAAAAACAGCACAUGAAGCUGAUAGUGAAAGUGAUAGUGAAAAUGAGAAUGAGAAUGAGAAUGAAAAUGAAAAUGAAAAUGAAAAUGAAAACGAAAAUGAAAAUCAACAGUGGAAUGAAGAGAAUGAAUCUGCAGAAUCAUCAACAGCAGAAGAGUGUGAUUCUGAUGAAUUAUCUAAUAAUCCAGAGAAAUUUUUAAUUUUUACAACUGGAUCAAAAACAUAUACACCUCAUCAAGUUGGCUUUAAAAGGAUCAAAUUAGUUACCUUUCCAAGAAGAUUAGAUCCAGGACCAUCACUUCGUGAAAGAUUAGCGCAACGAGAAAGAGAACGAGAAAGACAAAACUCAGGGACUUUGUAUACUAAUUGGUUGGAUUAUGAAGCAGUUGCUGAUAGAUUUGAUAAAGUAGAUCACUUAAUUGAUUUACAUGGUCAUAUUAUAGGAAUGGGUCUUUCUCCAGAUCACAGAUAUUUAUAUGUCAAUACAAGGCCUUGGCCAAGAGGAUAUGUUAUUACUAAUCCAUUACAACCUCCACCUAUAGCUCAAGAAAUAGAUAUUCAUGUAAUUGAUUUAGUAACAUUGAAACAAGUUGGUACAAUGUUAAGAGCGCAUAAAGCAUAUACUCCAAAUAAUGAAUGUUUCUUUAUAUUUCUGGACGUAUGCAACGAAUAUGUGGCAAGUGGUGCUGAAGAUAAACAUGGCUAUCUUUGGGAUAGACAUUAUGGAGUUUGUUUAACCAAAUUCCCUCAUUCUGAUGUUGUCAAUUCUGUAGCUUUCAAUCCUAAAGAUCCCGAGAUGUUAGUUACAACUAGCGAUGAUUAUACAGUCAAAAUAUGGCGCAGUCGAGCUAUGGUGAAAUCCUUAGGUUUAAACGAACAUUCUUUUAAUCGAGGAAUGGAAAUGAAACCUAACAGUGAUGUGGAAGACAGAUCAUGGACACCCUAGUCUCAAUGGGAAAUAGUUAUUAGGAGAAAAAUGAGAAUAUAUAUAUUUAUAUUAAUCUUGCUUCUAUUAAUUCUAAAACAAAUAGAAAAAUACGCUUAGUUGAAUAUUUGCUGACAUAAAACUAUUUAAUAAAGUAAUUUACCAUAGUGGAUUCAUUUUAUGUUGAGAUGGUUCUGCAUUAUUUGGUAAAGCCUUUUCAUGAACAUCUUUAUGACCAUGGCAAUGUUCACAUUCGUCAUCACUAUCAUCAGAACUACUUUCGCCAAAAUUUUUUGGUUUUUUAUAAAUACAACAACCUAAAAAUAACAUCAAACUUUACAUACAAUUCACUUUGAAUAAUAAUAGUUUCACUUGAAUAAACGUACAUUUUGAUUUCUUUUUAUUCAUAUGUUCAUUGUCCACAGUUCCCUGAGUCCACUGAACUUUUUUGUUUGAUCGUGGUUUUCUAAGACGCAAGCGUACGGUUGGAACAUCCUAAAAAAUAUAAAUCUAUUGUAUUUAUCAAAAGAGAAUAUUAUUAAAAAUAUAUAUACAUUGAACAUUGAAGAAAAUAAUAAAAAAGCUUGAUAAAAAUAAAUUUUAUUAUAUGAUACAAUACAAUGUUUUACUGUAAAAUUAUUAUGUAAAUAAAAUAACAUAUAAUUACUAUAAAAUAAUAGAUAUAUAAUUGUUAAAUAUAAAUAAUGAUAAUAGUUUAGUUUGAUCACUGUAUAAUUUUCUGUGAUAUUAAAUUUUGUAUUUCAUCAUCAGAAUAUUUUAAUAAAUCUCUUAAGAUUUCAUUUGUAUGUUGCCCUAACAUUGGAGGUGGAAGUCUAACACUAUUAUUAGCAUAACUAUAUGUUACUGGUGGUCCAACAACACAUAUUUUUCCUAUAUUAGAAUGUUCCACUUCUUUAACCAAUCCUAUGUGUUUU